UUGCUUGAGAUUUGGGAUCAUAGACGAUGCAGAACCAUAGUAAGGUCUCAACUUCGUCCAUCAGGCCCGUCAGCUAACAUCACACUCUGCGCAUGGGAACUCUGCGUGUAAACAAACGGUGCGUUUCACAGCAGCACCAGAAGAAAGUCGAACUUGAUCGUGAAAGCUCUGUUCGACAUGUGGUUUAUGGAGGUGUCAGAAGUUUUGCUACACUCGCCCAGGAUGAGGAUGUUUGCAGAUGUACUCGUCACGAUUCACAGCAUGCAGCUGCUAAUGCUUCUCAUCGUUGGGAUUGUUCAUCACACCGAAAGCAAGUCCAAGCCCAUCGAGCGACUGGAGGUCAAGGCUACUAUGUGUCCCGGAUUGGUCUCAUCAGAAGGGGCUGCAUUACGAAGGCUCAAUGAACUUGAUGAAUUUCGAUACCUGCGCUUGCGAGGUCGCAGCGUCGUGACCCGCUCACUGAACUGUUGUCGUGUCGCCGAUGGGUCCCCUGAGGAAAGCCGAAGCCAGGGCCAGGAUUCCACGGACAUGACCAGAAAAUCGACAUAUAAUCACCAGAAUUUCCACAUCGGCAUCGUCGUGGAGCACUGGGGCCCUCCUGCUGCUGCUUCCAGCUCUCUGCCAGGGCCGAGAUCCUCCUCUUCCGACGAACUGCAGCGCCAAUUCAGCGGAUCGAGAUUCAAGGAGCCGGUCUUCAACGCGAAUUCGACACAGGCUGCUUCCGAUGUCGAGAAUGGCCACAUUGCUGCCUGGUAGCAAGCCCAUGCCUCGACAUUCCCGUCCCUUUCGACCUUCUUCACCAGCGCAGUCCGAAUCACCGCCGCGAUUUUGCACUCUUUACGUCUCUCUCCGGGUCGCAGCGAGCUCGGUCACGGACGAAAUCCGGAGCUAGGCGCAGCACCACGCAGAUUGGCAAUCCUUGACAGCUUUUCUGCACAAUGUAGAAUUUACAUUAUUGUUCUGAGUCGUCAAUUUAAGCACGAGUCGCUGCUUGCAACACCCUCUCGAUGGAUCUAUCUCAUUUUUAUUCAAUGUGAGUCUGUCUUGUUGCAAUCCUAGCAUCAGGAGAGGCUUCGAUACAAUUCUACGA